AUGGGCGGUUGGGAUCCUGUCAGUUACGAACCUGUUGGGGAAGUGUUCGUGUACGAUUUCACCGCUCAGAAAUGGAGGCAGGGCAAGGACAUGCCAUCCAAGAGAUCCUUCUUCGGAAUUGGAGCCAUCCACGGUCGAGUUUAUAUAGCCGGCGGGCACGACGAGAACAAGUGCGCUCUGAAGUCUGCAUGGUCCUACGAUGUGAGGGAGGACGAGUGGACCGAGUUGACUCAGAUGAGUCAGGAGCGAGAUGAAUGCGAGGGGUUACUAAUUGGGGACGAUUUCUGGAUUGUGAGCGGGUAUGGGAAUGAGAAACAAGGCUUGUUCGAGGCGAGUGCCGAGUCGUACCAAAUGAGUACGGUUAGCGAGUUGGAUCCAAUCGGAGCUUCCAGUUGGAGUAGGGUUUUUGGAGUUGGGUUUGGAGGCGGGCGAGCCCUGGUGAUCGGAUCAGCCUUCCCGGGUACAAGUCAGGGGUUCUUUAUGGUGGAAGGGCAAAAUGGUAGAGUAAAGAUGCUAGAUGUGCCUCAUGAAUUCAGUGGCUUUGUUCAAUCAGGUUGCUGCAUAGAGAUUUAA